CCCCUAAAGGCCUCACGCUGCUCUGCCGCCGACUCUGUCGCGCUGUGACCUGUGUCGAAUCGUAGAAAGGACGCCGGGGACCCAGGAAACUUCGCGAUGUGCGUAUGUCAACAGCCUCCCAGCUGCACUUGGCCUUCACCUCUGAAGGGACAUGAUGCACCUUUACUGGCUUCUGGAUCUUCAACAGCUGUGCCUUCCCACACAGUCAUUGCAGCAGGAUCUGAACUGCAUCCUGGUUGCUCCAAGGACACAGGACUCAGUGGUCAUUGAGGAUGUGGCUGUGAACUUCACCCCAGAGGAGUGGGCUUUACUGGAUCCUUCACAGAAGAAACUCUACAGAGAUGUGAUGCGAGAAACCUUCAGGAACCUGGCCUCUAUAGGAAAACAAUGGGAAGAUCAUGACAUUGAAGAUCAGUACAAAAACCAGGAGAGAAAACUAAGAAGUCGUAUGAUGGAGAGACUCUGUGAAAGUGAAGAGGGUAGUCAACGUGGAGAAAACUUUAGCCUUGUUCCAAAUCUCAGUCUGAACAAGAAAACUCCUGGAGUGAAACCACAUGAGUGCAGUGCACGUGGAAGAGUCUUCAUGCAUCAUUCAUCCCUUUGUAGGCAUGUCAGACGUCACACUGGACACAAACCAUAUGAGUAUCAAAAAUAUGGAGAGAAGCCAUGUAAAAGUAAGGACUGUGGGAAAGCCUUCCAUUAUCUCCAAUUUUUUGAAAAACACGAAAGAACUCACAAUGGAAUGAAAACCUAUAAACGUAACAAAUGUGGGAAAGCCCUCAGUUGUUCCCGUUCACUUCAAAUACAUGAAAGAAGUUACACUGGAGAGAAACCCUAUAAGUGUAAGGAAUGUGGGAAAGUAUUCAUUUAUCCCAGUUCAUUUCGAAUACAUGAAAGGAGUCACACUGGAGAAAAACCGUAUGAAUGUAAAAUAUGUGGUAAAGCCUUCAAGUUUUCCAGUAAUGUUCAAGUCCAUGAAAGAACUCACACUGGAGAGAAACCCUAUGAAUGUAAAAAAUGCAGUAAAGCAUUCAGUUGUCCCAGUUCUCUUCAAAGACAUGAAAGAACUCACACUGGAGAGAAACCGUACGAAUGUAAAAAAUGCAGUAGAGCAUUCACUUGUUCCGGUUCUCUUCGAAGACAUGAAAGAAUUCAUACUAGAGGGAAAUCCUAUGAAUGUAAGGAAUGUGGCAAAGACUGUAUAACUCGCACAAAGCUUCAAGCACACAUGAUCACUCACAGUGGAGAUGGACCUUGUAAGUGUAAAGAAUGUGAGAAAGCAUUCUCUUCUCCUAGUGCAUUUCAAAUACAUGGAAGGAGUCACGCUGGAGAGAAACAGUAUGAAUGUAAAAUAUGUGGUAAAACCUUCAAUCGUUCCAGUUCUGUUCAACGACAUGAAAGAACUCACACUGGAGAGAAACCAUAUGAAUGUAAAAUAUGUGGUAAAGCCUUUAGUUGUUCUAGUUCUGUUCAACGACAUGAACGAAGUCAUACUGGAGAGAAACCCUAUGAAUGUCCGGAAUGUGGGAAAGCCUUCAUUUGUCACACAGACUUUCAAAGACACCUGAGAGUGCACACUGGAGAGAAACCGUAUAAAUGUGAAGAAUGUGGGAAAGCCUUCAGUGAUUACAGUUCCUUAAAAAUGCACAAAAGAACUCACACAGGAGAGACACCCUACAUAUGUAAAGAAUGUGGUAAGGUCUUUAUUUCUCUUCGGGGUUUCCAAAUACAUGAAAGAAAUCACACCGGAGAAAAACCCUAUGAAUGUAAGGAAUGUAGGGAAGCCUUCAGUUAUACCAGUUCUCUUCGAAAACAUGAAAGAACUCAUACUGGGGAAAAACCCUUUGAAUGUAAAAAAUGCAGUAAAGCAUUCACUUCUUCCAGUUCUCUUCGAGAUCAUGAAAGAAUUCAUACUGGAGAGAAACCCUAUGAAUGUAAGGAAUGUGAGAAAGCAUUCAUUUCUCUCAGAUAUCUUCGAAGACAUGAAAGAAGUCACAGUGGAGAGAAACCCUAUGAAUGAUAGGAAAGUGGGAAAGCUUUUAUUUCUCAUGAAAACUUUGGAGGAUAUGCGAGAAUGCAUACUAGAGGAAAAACCAUGUAAAGGAAAGAAUGUGGGAAAGCCUGUUGUCAUCCCAGUUCUUUCUGAAGGCAUGAAAGGACUUGCUUGAUAAAAACCUCUUGAAUGUAAAGAGUAUGGGAAAGACUUCAAUUGGCCCACAUCCUUCUAGGUGAAACUCCCACCAAAAAGAAAUAUAAAUGUCAUAUGAGAAAGCUUGAUGCAAAUUAAUUUGUAAUGUUCUAGAAAACAUUCAACAUGAAAGAGUUGUUAAUAAAAGUUGUAAAUAUAUUGUGUUUACCAAGCCUUUUCCUUAAAGUGCAACAUUGGCUUGUGGAUUUCUAUUAAUUACUUUCUGAAAGGAAUACUGAAGUGAGAUAAUUCUGCAAGUCAUCCUUCAUCAAUUGUGCAUAAGAUAACGAGGUAGUGCUUUUUCCUUAAAUCAGUUAAUAAUAUUUUCUCUUUAAUUCUUUUUAUAAUGUUUUAAUUGUUCUGUGUUAAGGGGCCAUUGAAAAAUGACAGUUUGUAUUUGUUGGGAUUUUCUUACUGGCCUUGUAUUGCAGAUCUUGGAUAUGCCUAAUCCACUGUAUAUAUUGUACCUUUCCUAGAGAAAUCUCCUUUUUUUUUGGGUUGGGGGGUAUUGGAACCUGUUUUUAUUUUCCAUACUAUUAAACAGUUGGAAUUAAUUUUUAUGUGUGGCAAGUUUAUCAAGAGUAUACUUUCCUGUGAAUUCUUAUUUUCAUAUUUGGGCCUUUGCUCUUUGUUCUUCCUUCUGACUGGUAUUUGGUGAAUAGACUUUGAAUUAAGUAGAGGCCUGUGAUAGGGCAACAAAAUCUAGAGCUGGGCAUGUCACGCCUGUAUUGUGUUAUGUCAAUGAGGGUAAUAUAAGAACUAGAUCUUUAAGAAUUCACCCCCUUUAUGGUUCCAUGUUGGAAUUCACCAGUAGCCUCACUUGCAUGAGAUUUGGAAGGCAGAAGCAAAGGAGGCAUUAGGCAGAUCUUGGAGCCACCAUACAAGAAGAGACAAUUACAUAGGAGCAUCAAGGAAACCAUCUUCCAUCCCAUUUUCUGGAUUCUUUCCCUUCUAGUCAAGAGUAUCUUGAAAACCACCACCAACUGUUUGAUUUCCAUUUUCUUACAGGUGUAUUUCCCACUGAUGUUUUCACAAGUUUCACAUCAAAGAUCCAUUAGAGUUAGGAUUUUUCUGUAAGGUCUCUUGUGUCCACCAGGAACCUAAUUCAGACUUUUGUGGUUGGGAGUAUUCUCUGAUUCCCCUCUUCUCUAGAUGAUAUCUAUAGAAGGUCUAAUUUGCAGAGGAAACACCUUAUGCUGUUAAUAGUGCUAGUGAGCAUGUUUUCCUGAUUCACCAUGACAUCUACAAUGGGGCACAAAAUGAAGGACCUGGGAGUUUGUUUCUCUGCUGCAUUGUGCAGUGGCUGCCUUGACCCAGGUCUUCCACGUGAGAACAAUCACCUUUCUCAUGUCAGGAAGACUGUGUGUGUUUCCUGUUACUUGUAGCUGAAUGUAUUCCUUGAAGAUGUUUUCAGUAAUGUUUGAUUGUAUGUAAUUAAACUAUGUGCAUUUUCUUGUGAAAUGAGCACUUCUGUAGUUUCAUUGAUAUAUUUUAUCAACUGUUCCAAUCCAUUGUGUGCUAAUAAAUAUUGUGGUUUUCAUUUCCUCAGAGAAUAUAUUAAAAACCAUUUGAAUUAUGGA